AUGACAGAUCCAUUAACAUUUUUAGAUGAGUUUAAUGAGUUCUUCUAUUUCCCAGAAGAAAAUGAAACCUUUGCCCCAAAAGAGAUUGGGAAAUUGAAAUUUGGCUCAAAGGUUAAUGCCGCCCCAAAAUCUAUUGAAGUUCCAACUUCAUAUUUGGAUUUUUCACCGGAAACAAUGAAUAGUUUACCUUAUGGAUUGAGUAUAUCUGGUUUACCAUCUUUUUCCAGAGUAGAAACCCAAAUUAAAAUGAAUUUGACAUUAAGUGCACCCUUCCCUAAUCAUUAUGUUCACAUAUCACCCGAUCUUAUAUCAAAGAAGAAGUUAUGUUUAGAAGAACCAUAUUCAAGUCUUGACGAUAAUAUUAAAAAACAUGUUUUGGAACUCGACGCUUACAUUCUUACUCAAAGUAACAAAUCUUGUACUGUCUGUUCAAGAUGUAUUAAACGAGAACAAAAGAGAGCAUCACGUAGCAAAGCUGGUGAAGAGAAAUCGGCAGUUUGGGAUUGUGGACUUGAAAAGAAAGCAAUAAUCAUAAAUAAUAAAGAAAUAGUCUCUUUCCAAUCUGGUGUUUUGGGAUUAUCAGUAAGAAUCAUAUGUUAUUGUCGACACCACAAGGAACUGGAAGGGUUUAAACUUUUGGUGGUUCUUAAAAACCAUUUGGGUCAAGUUGUUGCUAAACAAAUAUCUUCUCCUAUUAUGAUUAUGGACAGAAAGAAAAACUUGAAGGAUUCAGCACCAAGUUCAUCAGCAAACUUGGUCGAAUUGGAUAAGAAGAAGUUGUCUAUCUCGGAUUCCGAUAAUGAGAAAUUAAUGACUAAUCAAUUUGUUCAACUAUCACCAAAUUCAUUGGAUGAAUCGGCAUCUGAGGCUUUAGCUACAACUGAUUAUGAAACCAGAGGGGUUAAACGGAAGAAAUUAUCUGUUGAUGACUCUUUCAACACCACAUCCAAUCCAAUGUACAAUGGUUUCAGUGGCUAUUCCCCAAUGAGUAAUAGUGAUACUAAUACAUCGGCUAUAAGUCAGAGUUUCUCGGGGCCAACAGUAUCAAAACCAUCACUGGCUCAAUUUUCUAUUGGAUUUUCACCAAUCAGUCAACCGCAAUUUCCAUCACAAUUCCAAUCACAAUCACAAUUGCUACAACAACAACAACUGCAACUGCAACUGCAGCAACAACAAAUUCUCCCAUCGAUUCAAAAGAUUAUACCAGCUCAGGGUCUGAUUAAAGGUGGUAUUGAAGUCACAAUAUUGGGAUUUAAUUUCCGUCCUGGCUUGCUGAUUAAGUUUGGUCCAAACCAAGCGUUGGCUACUCAUUGUUGGUCAGAAACUACUAUCGUUACGUAUUUGCCACCUGCUGCCCAGCCAGGUCAAGUCUUGGUUAGUUUUGAGAAUCAAGAUAACGACAUAGUAGGAGGUCCACAACAACAACAAGUGUUUACAUAUACCGAUGAUACUGAUCGACAAUUGAUUGAAUUGGCUUUACAGAUUGUGGGAUUGAAAAUGAAUGGUAAAUUAGAAGAUGCAAAGAAUAUUGCCAAGAGAAUUGUUGGUACUGAUAAUAAUAAUAAUAAUAACAACAACAACAACAAUGGUAAUAGUAGUAGUAAUACCAGUAGUAGCAGUCCAGUAAACGAUACUACUGCUGCUGUUAGUACUGUCACGCCAACAAAUUCGAAUACAUCUUCUAACUUUGAAAAUGACGAAAAAUCAAUGGCGAAAUUAAAUAAGUUAGUUGAAUUUUUCGAGUCCAGAACUAAUAAUCAAGAUGAUUUGGAAAAAUGGUCAAGUAUGAAAACAUCUGAAAUAUUUGGUGAUCAAGAAGAAGAAUAUUUUGCUGAUAGUGAAGUUGUACCAUCUUAUAAAUCAAUUUUCCCUAAUGGUGGUAAUGCUAAUCAUGCCAAAAUACUGACUGAACCUGAACCUGCUCCUGAAGCUGAUGCUGGUGCCACAUCGGAUUCUUCUGAAGAUAUGGUUGUCACGUAUAUUAAUCAUCCACGUAAAUCGGUGGAAAAUGAUAAGAUGUUGUUAUUCUUUUGGAUACCGACAUUAAUAGCCAUGUUGACUAUUUUCUUCAUGGUAUAUGUGAUGGGAUAUCAAUUGAAUAAUAAUUUCAUUGUUGAAAAAGUAUUAAGUUAUACUUCUUUAUUAAGUUGA